AUGGCCGCGACCGACAAGAAUGGCGGCAAGGCUGCGCCAAACUUGGAGAAGAUGAUCCAUGAUGCUCGCGAUCGCAAGAAGAACGAGGCGCUUGCCGCCAAGAUUUUCAACAAGGACCGUCCGUCGCCUGCUUCCAACAAGUCGUCACCGUCGCCCGCUGGUAGCCUCGCUGGGAGUCUGGCCAGCCGCGCUGGUGUGAAGAAGCGCGCAGAGCCCGCCAGCCGCCUGCGGCACAGCACCGGCAAUAUCGAUGGGGAAUGGACACACGAUCUGCACCGCGAGAUACCACGGGGUCCCCGGGCUCAACAAAACACGAACGGCAACGGUGCUGGCAGCAAGAAGGCCAACGGGAGCGGCGCCGGGUCGCUCGCCGCGCGCAUCACCGAUCCCAAUGCCCCCUACACCGGACCGGCUAGCCACCACCGCCAGACACGUCGCGCCGCAAGGGUUGCGCAAGCCUUGAUAAGGACGGAAUUGCAGUCCUCGCGCGGUGGCGGUCAACAGCAGCAGAAGCAGCAAGCGGCCAACGGCAAUACACCCAUCCCGACGGGUCCCAAGGCGAUGACACAGAAAGCCACGGCGGCUAGCUCGUUCAACAAGGGCAUGACGAUCCGCGGGCUGGCGGGGCCGUUUGUAGUGAUGGCGCAGAACUUUGCGCCGGGGACGACGGCGGCGGAUAUUGAGAGCGCGGUGACGCCUGUGGGCGGGAUUGUUACCGACUGCCGUAUUAUCAAGCACCACCCGCUGGUGAUUGCGGAGAUUGUGUUUGAGAGCAAGGAGGGCGCGGAUAACGUGGUCAAUACGUUUAAUAAUCAGACGGCCGAUGGUCGUGUCCUCAGCGUCUACCUCAAACCCGGCAACACCCCCUCCACACCCGCCACCACAACAAGGCGCGCCUCCUACGAUAAUCAUCAAGAUGCAGUCGUCGACGGCUCGUACGGCUUCGACGACCCGAUGGAUACCGACCGCGCCGAGUCAAAGACAUCAACGGGGAAUGGCAAGGCACCGCCUACCGGCCCUGCUGCUGGGAGUGGCGGGUUGUACAGCGAUAGUCUUAUGAAGACGAAUCGCUGGGGGAGGGGUUUUGGCAGUGGGGCUGGGCGAUCGGGGAGAUAA